GGUAUUCAUCCGGGUGUAGUUGGUAACCAAACAAACAUGGCUCUGCUUCAUAAUUAGAUUAUACAUUUUUUAACGGCACGUAAAGAGAUGACUAGACAAUAUUAUGCAAAAAUUAAGAGGCAUCGUGGCAAAUACAAAGCCGUAAAUGGACCUUCGAUGCAUUCGUUGUAUUUAUGAGCGCUGCGUAGGCUCGCUUGACCGUGUUUACACUUAGCUAGCCCUCUGUGGGCUAAUGUAAGCUAGCAAGAUGGACCUUGGAACAAUGUUGUACAACAAUUUAAAAGAUGUUACGUGGAGUACGACGGCUUUGCCAUUAGAUCAACUUGUCAGUGCUUAUAGAUUGCCUCAAAUCGUCAAACUGGACAACGGUGAGCUGGUCGAAGGUCUUCGAGACAAUGACUACCUCUUGAUUCAUUCCUGUCGUCAGUGGACAACUAUUACUGCUCACAGUCUUGAUGAAGGACACUACGUGAUUGGACCGAAAAUAGAAAUCCCUGUUCACUAUGAAGGCCAAUUUAAGCUGCUAGAACAGGACCGAGAUGUCAAGGAGCCUGUGCAAUACUUCAACAGUGUGGAAGAAGUGGCCAAAGCGUUUCCUGAAAGGGUUUACGUCAUGGAAGAAAUCACAUUCAAUGUUAAGAUGGCUUCAGGCGAAUGCAACGAAGAUACCGAAGUUUACAAUAUAACACUAAGCACUGGCGAUGAGCUGACACUAAUGGGCCAGGCCGAGAUCCUCUACGCCAAGACCUCCAAAGAGAAAUCCAGAUUCAACACCAUUUUCAAGAAGAUCGGGAAGCUAAACUCCAUCAGUAAGAUGGGUCGAGGCAAGAUGCCGUGCUUAAUCUGCAUGAACCACCGCACCAACGAGAGCAUCAGCUUACCCUUCCAGUGCAAAGGUCGCUUCAGCACGUGCAGCCCGCUGGAACUUCAGAUGCAGGACGGCGAGCACACCAUCAGGAACAUUGUGGAGAAAACGCGUCUGCCCGUCAACGUCACGGUGCCCGGCACGCCGCCCCGCAACCAGCACGACCUCCACCUGAUCCGGGAGGGCCAUCGUUACAAACUGGUCAACGUUCAGACCAAGACGGUGGUCGUGUGCUGCGUCCUGCGAAGCAACAAAAUCAUCCCCAUUCAUUUCCCUCUCAACACGGCCCUGCCUCGCUUUAUUAUUCCCGAGGAGCUGCUGCAAGGCGAGCUGUGGCUCGACACCAUGGUGCAUCGCUGGUUCUCAUUUUGCCAGGAGCAGUUUGACAUCGACGACUACUCGCGCGCCGUCCGGGAUGUGCGGACGGACUGGACGGACGAGGGCAAGAGCCCCAAGAAGCAAAGCGGCGGGAACGGCAACUGCUGCGGCGGAACCUCCAACGGGUGUCCCAACAGCACGCAGCUCCCCAGCUCAUUGACGUACGCCCGGGACGAACUCACGCAAUCCUUCCACCGGCUCUCGGUGUGCGUUUACGGCAGCAACCUGCACGGCAACAGCGAGGUCAACCUGCAAGGAUGCACGAGCCUCUGCGGCGAUUGGGCGCUUCUGCCCUCCGACAGCAUUCCCACAGACUCGGCGGAAAGCUUUCCCGCCGAAAUGUCGGACUGCCCCAACCAGCAGGGGUCCCUCGGCAAGUCCGACAUCCCGUACGAGGAGCUGUGGUUGGACCACUUAAGAAGCCAGAAGUCGUCUUCCCCCGAGGACGGUCAAGCUGUCAACAACGGCUGCGCGACGACAGCCACGCCGUCGUGCCCGCUGGCGUGCCCCCUCGGCCCCGUCGCCAUUCCCGACGUGGCUCUCACGCCGCCGCCGGUUCCUCCCAAAUCUGAAGCUGUGAAAGAAGAAUGCCGCCUAUUGAACGCCCCGCCGAUUCCUCCGCGUAGUUUGAAACAGAUGCCCUCCGUCCCGAUGCUCUCCAAGCCUCGGCAGCAAGAGACCCGCUCGCCAAGUCCAACCCUUUCCUAUUACUCAUCUGGCCUUCACGCCAUAAGUGGGUCGUGUGACCAAGAGGCAUCGGAGCCGCAAGAGAAAAGCGGCACGUGCUACCCGUGUAAGUGGUCCCAACCCGCCUGCGGUGAGCCGAGCGUGUCGUCGCCCAGCAGCGUCCUGCCGUCCGACGGGAUGUCUUCUAGGUUGUCUUGGCCCAACAACUUCAGCGGAGGAGAUUGUGGCCCAUUGGAUGACUUUCUCCCAGCCGGCUGCCGCAGCUACUACAGUUACCCGAGAAACAGGAGCGCCAAUAACCCCAAAACUUGCAGCCUGGUGGAUUUCGACAGCCGCGAGUGCUCGCGCGGCGGCAAAAGCCUCGGGCUGCCCAACGUGUCUCGAAGCAAAUCGUCCUGCGCCGAAUCAUCAAGUUACAAUUCCGAAAUGUGCAGAGAUGAAUCAAAGGACAGAUGCAACCCAAAGCAAAGCCUCUCUUGCCCCAUUCUACCGCCAAGAACAGCAAAGUCAAACAGUAUGAAAAGGGGUUCCGAUCGCGCAUUUGGAUCACCCUGCGACGGUCAGCAGGACACCUCCAUUUCUUGCUCCCCUACACAGCAGGAACAGGGAAUCCAAGACCCAGGAUCCACCUCGAAUCGGGAAACCGCUUGCUCGAUAUCGGGGUCUCCCUCGGCACACUGGCAGCCCCCGCCCAGCCUGGCCGGCCUCUCCAUAGAAGAAGUGUCCAAAUCCUUACGCUUCAUCGGCCUGCCCGACGACAUUGCGUCCCUCUUCUUUUCCGAGAAGAUCGACGGGAACUUGUUACUGCAGCUCACCGAAGAGAUUCUCUCGGAGGAUUUCAAACUGAGCAAACUGCAGGUGAAGAAACUCAUGCAGUUCAUUAACGGAUGGAGGCCCAAGAUAUGACUUGAAGCGGAGACUUGCUUUCCAUCAACUGCGUCUGCUAUGCACCCCUCAGCCACAAUGUGACCUUAUUUCCCAGACACAACAUUGGGGGGGGGGGGGGGGGUGACCUUCAAAAUCUGUGACUGCUAUUUGCAAACCAGAUGGAAUCAUUUAGCACUUUUCAUUGGGUUAUUUUUUUUUACAUUGUUCUUAAAAUUGGAGCCAACAAAUAAUAAUAAUAAAAUAAAUAAUUAAUAAUAAUGAUAAAAAUAAAAUUAAAAAAAGCUGUUAUCAUUGAUGGGACUGGCACAGGGAGCAAUCUGCUUAAGAAGCCAAAACCAAAAAAAUAUGAGCUUUAACACACAAACGGAACAAUCAUUGAAUUCAAUAGAAUGCGUGUACCCCGUUUAACGUUGCCAUUUGAUCACUUCCCACCUCUUUAACCAUCUUCCUUAUUUGAUUGAAUGUAGCCACGUUUCUAUCACUUGAGUCCAAGGAGAAAACACAGAGUGUUCAUAAUGAGGUUAGCACCUAAUGCUUUAAAAGUGUUGCAGCAUUGCAACCGUGAGAAACCAACUAAUGUAUUCCAGUGCAAUAGAUUAUUCAAGGGCUAUUUUUUUUUAAUUUACAUAAUCCAAAUUUCUAUAUAUUUGUUUCUCUCUACCUAAUCUAACGAAAGCUCUAUAACAGUUAAAAGUCUGGAUGGCCACCAAUCAAGUUCAGCGUGUUCCAGAUGAUCCAAUGGAGUCCACACUGCCAUGUCAUUGUGCCUUUAAUUACCAAACAUAACGACUAACUUCUCCCCUUUAGCUAUCGUCUAACAUGGACUACCACGAGCAAAAUAUGCAUCAUGCACUUUUAUUGCCAUAACGGUUCAAUCUACGAAAGCUAAACGCUGCACUUCAAGCCCCGCCCCCUCUCCCCACAAAAAUGGUACAUUGUCAUCCUUUUCAAAUUGGUGUCCAGUGAUGAACAGAUAUUUUAUUUUAGGUAAACAAAUUUGUGCCCUCCUCCUCGCGUGAUGUCUUCAGCUAGAAUGUAUUUAUGCGGUUCUUUUACUCUUUUUAAAGAAAGUCAACUAUGCAGCGGCGUAUUAUUUGGAACAAAAAGGAUUAUAGAGGAUUUCCCCCCCCCCCCCCCCUCCCUUGUUACAUGCUUAUUUUGACUUUUCUAAUAUGCAAAUAUAUUUUUAAGCGAUUACUAAUGUAAAAUAUUUUUUUAAAGCUCAUCUUUUUAUUUUUCAAUUGCUUUAGUUUGCAUUGUUUGUAACUUGAUGUGAUUUAUGGGUUCCGCAGCCACAUACUUGUAAAUAAGGUGAAAAAUCGAGCAGCCUCAAUAAAUAUCAAUACUAAGCAAGGUCAA